ACAACUACAGUGCCGCGUAUCUGGCCAGUAGUGUGUAGCAACACAGCGCGAAGGUUUGCAAGGGCAAGUUCGUCAAUUCAGCCAUUCUUAUAACACAAGAGUCGUGCAAAAAAAGAAAAGAAAAGAAAAUGCCACAAAUAACGUUGGAUUUAUAACCGACUGCUGGAAAUAAACGGGUGCAGCCUGGAGUUUUUGGUGCAUGUGUGAAUCACGAUAUUUCUUUCUUGCUGUGAGCAAAAACAGCAUUCUCACUUUACAUGGACUCCAUCAAUUCCCUCUGGCCCGAGGAAUAGGAAUUUAAUAUUCUUUAUCAAUUUUAAUUAAAGGGAAAAUUUAGGGAAUGGUGGAAAAUUUCUUGUCAGCUGAAGAGAAAUUCCUUUCUUACAGUGACAUAGACUCUGCUUCACUUGUGGUGUACUACCUAUCGGAUAUGGUAUCAGACUCGGAGAGCUAUACGGUGAUGCCUUCGCCAUUCUCAGAAGAUGACCUCAGUGAUGCAUCGAGUCUGCGUUCAUGCUCUUCCCCAGAUUCCCAAGUCCUUAGCUCAAGCUAUGGGAGUUCAUCAAGCGCUGAGAGCCAGGAUGGCAUCCUCAACUUCCUGCUAUCCCAUACUUCCCUUGGUGGUGGAGGUGGCAACAAUGCCGAGGUUAGCACUGUAACCUCAACUCCUCUAGCAAGUAUCCUCUGGAACUCACAAAGGGACAGCAUGAAAGAAGAGAACUUUGACUUACCAGUCUGGUCCACUUCAAACAUGGAGGAGACACAUGCUGAACCUUUCCAGCCCACACUGGAGGAAAUUGAAGAGUUCUUAGAAGAAAACAUGAAUGGUUUGAUGUCCCUCAAGCAUGAGGGGAACUCACACCUGGGACUGGAGCUGGAGCUGGACCUUGGAUUGGGGACAGGAAUGGUGGUCAUGGAAGAGACCUUAUCUAGGGUACCAGAGCCAAGCACCAUUGGAUCUCAGCAUCAUUCUAAUCAAACUUUGUCAAUGGCUAAGAUUCCAUCAAACUUCAGAGUUGAGCAUGAGACCAAAAGCACAGAUAGUAUUCCAAGUAAUCAAAACCCAAGUAUGCAGACAGAGGAUGCAAUAAAGGAGGAGAUCCAAAGUAGACCUGUCUCCACUGAGAACAGCACUACAACCAGUGCCAGCAGUGGUAAUAGUGGGACACCUGUUGUUCUUCAAAUUCAACCAGUUCAAAUCAAACGGGAGGAUCAGAGCACCUGUGGGGCUGCAACUCCUGCCUCAACAACUCAGCCACCCACCACAGGCACAGACAUAAAAAUUGCCCAACUGCUUGUGAACAUCCAGGGACAGACCUUUGCACUAGUCCCUCAGAUUCUACCCUCUGCUCCCAAUUCAUCUUCAUCAUCUGCCAGGCUCAAUGGCGCAUCUAAAUUUGUGCGGAUAGCACCUGUGCCCAUUGCAGCAAAACCUGUGGGUAGUGGACGGGAUGGUCUUGGUUUGGGAGGGUUCCAAAACGGUCUUCUAGUCGGAGGAGCACAGAAGUUCCAGAAGAAUCCAGUGGCAGAUCUCAUCAAAAUGCACAAGUGCAACUUUCCAGGCUGUGCCAAGAUGUACACCAAGAGUAGCCAUCUCAAAGCUCACCUGAGGAGACAUACUGGAGAGAAACCAUUUGCCUGUAACUGGCCUGGCUGUGUAUGGAAGUUUUCCCGCUCGGAUGAGCUGUCCCGUCACCGGCGGUCCCACUCUGGGGUGAAGCCGUACCAGUGUCCCGUGUGUGAGAAGAAGUUUGCCCGCAGUGAUCACCUGUCAAAGCACAUCAAAGUUCACCGCUUUCCCAGGAACAGCCGGACAGUCCGCACUGCUGCCUGAUCCCACCCCAGUUGCAUUCACUGAACCACAAAAUCACAAUGCAUUUGACAUGUGUCAUGCGAAAGGAAACUGAUGGACGCGUAAGAAAUAUAAUGUCUCAGCAUUUCUACUUUGCCCUCAUAUUUAUAGUGUUUUAAAUUAAGUCUCAGUAGCAGAGCAUAGGUAACAUGUAUUGUCAUCUUUGGUGCUACAUUCUGUACGGAUAAUUAGAACCACUUUUCCACUGCACGGUACGGCUCGACUCGACUCAACUCGGCUCGCUUUACUUUUCUGAGCUUAUUUUUCCACUGCAGUUUAGUGCCGUCUCAACGUGGGUGCCAUCUUACACUCACCUUCACGCAGAAAUAAUGUUGUAUUAUCGAAGACCAAAUACACAAAUACACUGUCAGGCCGUAUUCCAAAUGCUUUUCCUGUUCGCUGAACAUGGAGCCUAUUAAGGAUGUAAAAUGUAUUUUUAAAUUUAUAAUAUAUUAUUAUCAAUUAAUAGAACAUUACCGUACACAAAGUAUGUAUUAAACUAACCAUACCGUGCAGUGGAAAAGUGCCAUAAAAAGUGCAGACCGGCAUUAAUACACACUGUGCUAAUGGGGAUCAGUCGAUUUGAAUAAGCUACGGGGACACGUUCAUAAACCACACCAUUUUUUAUGUGAGUGCGGAAUGACAAUAGAAAUUCAAAGAACAAACACAGUGUCGACUGUACAUGUUUAAUAUGUACACCUUCAAUCAGUGUUGAAAAUCUCAUUUUUGCUUUUAAGGCAAGCUGUUUUGUAAAAAUGUGUUUGUAUUUUUUUUAUUAAUGUUGCCUCUUAAUGGCUCUGCUGUGUUUUUUGGCCUUAGUCAACCACAAAGCUAUUAUCUCAGGUCUGACUUGGGUGCUGGGGAUACUGUAAACCCAGUCUCAGCAUUUCAGAACAACUAAUGAGGUUGAAGGAAUUUGACACAAUCAAACAACUUGGAAUAAUAACUAAGAGUGUUAAUCACUUUUACUCUUCAUUAGCACUCAGCCCCAAAGACACUAAAUGAGAUGCACUUGUUAUUUGUAAGCACAUGGAGCAUUUGGAACCCAGUGUCUUCUCUUUCCAUUUCAUUAUUUUAUUUCCUUUGACACAGAAUAUGCCUCCAAAUUCCAAUGUAUUACUGGAUUACCUACAGAUUAAUGUGUUACUAAUGCUGGUGCUACAUCCGUGUACCCCAAACUACCCCCUCAAUGCCCACCUUCACACAAGCAUGAGCAUGAACAUGAACAUGAAUCACUGUAGCUGUUACUUUCAAUGAACUGAAAGCAGUCAAGAUGAAAUGGUUUUGUUACAGUUUGAGGAUUACAAUCUGUAACUUGCAACGGUUACACAUCAGCAUGUUCGGGAUUGUUCAUGUUUGUUAGGAAGGUUGGGUAAGUAGUGUGGACAUACCGAAGUGCUUGUGGCUAAAGCAGGCAAAUCCACAGUAGUGCAGGUGCCAUGUUUUAUUUAGUGUUUAUUAUUAUUUUCUGGGCACUUCUAUAAGCGGGGAGACUUACUUCCUAUCUGUUUCAUAUGUGUGUUCUCUUUCUGAUCAAGGGCCCCACUGUACAUAUAUAAUGGCAUUCCUUUCAUUCAUAGAAUGAAUUUUAUGAGUACUUGUUAACACACAUCCUAUGAAUGUAUGUAAAUAAAACCUGUAUGAUUUUAAGGGUGGGGAGGCUGAGGGGAAAAUUAAACAAAGGGAAAUUGUUGUUUGUGGUUAAGAUUUUUAGUGUAAUCCUAAAUGUGUACAUAAGUGUCUUCAUAAAUAUAAAUAUAUAUAUAUAUAUAUAUAUA